CACUCCCUAAUCUUUUGCUGCUGAAGGAGUCGCCUGGGGUUGAACUUGUCCUUCUUUUAGCCGUUCGUUUUGAAUGUUGCAGCAUUCUUGACCUGCCUGCGGACACGACUAUCUACGGCCGCUACACGCUCCCACGUCUCCCGUCCCUCCCUCGACUAGCACAUCCGGUCCAACAUGGCAGCCACGUAUGAUGUCGGCACCAAGGCGUGGCAGCCCGAUGUCACCGAAGGCUGGGUGGCCUCCGAGGUCGAGCAGAAGAACAUCGACGGCGAGAAGGUCACGCUGAUUUUCCAGCUGGCCAAUGGAGAGACCAAGACGAUCGAGACGACGCUGGCCGCCAUCGCAGAGGGCAAGGACGCCAAACUGCCGCCGCUGAUGAACCCGACAAUGUUGGAGGCCAGUGACGAUCUCACCAAUCUUUCGCAUUUGAACGAGCCCGCAGUUUUGCAAGCCAUCAAACUACGAUAUGCACAGAAAGAAAUCUACACGUACUCAGGCAUUGUCCUUAUUGCUACCAACCCCUUCGCCCGCGUCGACUCGCUCUAUGUACCGGGCAUGGUGCAGAUUUAUGCCGGCAAGCAGCGCCAGACACAAGCGCCGCAUUUGUUUGCUAUAGCAGAGGAGGCUUUCGCGGAUAUGCUUCGAGAUGGUCGCAACCAGACAAUCGUCGUUUCGGGAGAGUCUGGUGCCGGAAAGACGGUUUCCGCAAAAUACAUCAUGCGCUACUUCGCUACAAGAGAAUCACCGGACCAGCCUGGCUCCCGCUCAAAGGGCCGCGUCGAGAGCAUGAGCGAGACCGAAGAGCAAAUCCUGGCUACUAAUCCUAUCAUGGAGGCUUUCGGUAACGCAAAGACAACGCGCAACGACAACUCGUCAAGAUUCGGAAAAUACAUCGAGAUCAUGUUUGACAAGAAGACGGACAUUAUCGGCGCGAGGAUCAGAGUCUACCUGCUCGAGCGCUCGAGACUGGUCUUCCAACCACUCAAGGAGAGAAACUACCACAUCUUCUACCAGCUCGUAGCUGGUGCCUCGGAUGCUGAGAAAGAAGAGCUUGGUCUGAUACCUGUGGAAGAGUUCGAUUACCUCAACCAAGGUAAUGCUGCUCAGAUAGAAGGCUUGGACGACGCCAAGGAGUUCAGCGACACCAAGGAGGCCCUGAGCAGAAUUGGUGUCUCGAUUGAGCAGCAGUCGUCCAUCUGGAGAAUCCUCGCCGCUCUGUUGCACAUCGGAAACAUCAAGAUCAUAGCUACUCGCACCGACUCACAACUCUCCGCUACCGACGCAUCAGUUGUCAAGGCUUGUGAACUUCUUGGAAUCGACGCUGAAAGCUUCGCCAAAUGGACUGUCAAGAAACAGCUUGUCACUAGAGGUGAGAAGAUUACGUCAAACUUGACCCAGCAGCAAGCCACCGUCGUUCGUGAUUCAGUCGCCAAGUACAUCUACUCCAGCUUGUUCGAUUGGCUCGUCGAAAUUCUCAACAGCAGUCUAGCAACCCCCGAAGUUCUCGAGAACGUCACCUCCUUCAUCGGUGUAUUGGAUAUCUACGGUUUCGAGCAUUUCGCCAAGAACUCGUUCGAACAGUUCUGUAUCAACUAUGCCAACGAGAAGCUGCAGCAAGAGUUCAACCAGCAUGUCUUCAAGCUCGAGCAGGAGGAAUAUCUUCGGGAAGAGAUUGACUGGAAGUUCAUUGAUUUCUCCGACAACCAGCCUUGCAUCGACUUGAUCGAAGGCAAGCUUGGUGUUCUCGCUCUCCUUGACGAAGAAUCUAGACUGCCCAUGGGUUCCGAUGAGUCUUUCGUUACCAAGCUUCACACCAGCUUCGGUGACAGCAAGUCAAAGUUCUUCAAGAAGCCUCGUUUCGGAAAGUCGGCCUUCACCGUCUGCCAUUACGCUGUUGAUGUCGCAUAUGAGUCUGAUGGCUUCAUCGAGAAGAACAGAGAUACCGUUCCCGACGAGCACAUGGAAGUUCUCCGUGCCUCGUCCAACUCCUUCCUUACCGAGAUUCUGGAAGCUGCUUCUGCUGUUCGUGAGCGCGACACUGCAGCUGCUCAAUCCAAGCCUUCUGCUGUUGCCGCACCUGGAAAGAGACCUGGUGCUGCCACUGCCAGAAAGCCCACUCUCGGUGGUAUUUUCAAGUCGUCUUUGAUCGAACUGAUGAGCACUAUCAACUCUACCGACGUACACUACAUUCGUUGUAUCAAGCCCAACGAGGCCAAGGAGGCUUGGAAGUUCGAAGGCCCCAUGGUCUUGAGUCAAUUGCGUGCUUGUGGUGUGCUCGAGACCGUCAGAAUCAGUUGUGCCGGUUACCCAACAAGAUGGACUUACGAAGAAUUUGCUCUGCGCUACUACAUGCUUGUACCAUCAACACUAUGGACCUCCGACCUCAGAGACAUGGCCAAUGCCAUUUUGACCCAGGCCCUUGGUGGAUCAGCUAACGAUGGCUCAAGCAAAUACCAGCUUGGUCUGACCAAGAUUUUCUUCCGUGCUGGUAUGCUUGCCUUCCUUGAGAACCUGAGAACCAGCCGCCUCAACGAUGCCGCCAUCAUGAUCCAAAAGAACCUUCGCGCCAAGUACUACCGCCGUCGUUACCUGGAGGCCAUUGGCUCUGUCCGUGGGUUUCAGUCUCUCGUGCGUGGGUGUGUUGCAAGACGUAAUGCCGACGAAGCGAGGCGAACGAAAGCCGCUACCACUAUCCAACGGGUGUGGAGAGGCCAAAAAGAGCGCAAGAACUUCGUACUUAUCCGCAACAAUCUCAUCCAGUUCGAAGCGGCGACCAAGGGAUAUCUCUGCCGCAAGAACAUUUUGGACACGAGAUUAGGCAAUGCUGCAAGAACUAUUCAGCGUGCCUGGAGGUCUGGCCAGCAACGCAAGGACUGGCGCGACUACAGACGCAAGGUUACCAUCGUACAAGGAUUGUGGAGAGGCAAACAAGCUCGCAAGGCUUACAAGGGCUUGCGUGAGGAGGCUAGAGACCUCAAGCAAAUCUCAUACAAGCUUGAAAAUAAGGUCGUCGAGCUUACUCAGUCACUCGGCGCUGUCAGGACCGAGAACAAGGCUCUCAAGCACCAAGUGCAAAACUACGAGAACCAGCUCAACACCUGGAAGAACCGUACCCAGGGUCUGGAACAAAGGGCAAAGGAGCUUCAAGCGGAAGCCAACCAGGCUGGUAUGAGUGCUGCCAAGGUUGGUCAGCUCGAAGAGGAGAUGGCCAAGCUGCAACACAACUACGAGGAGUCCUCGUCCAACAUGCGCAGAUUGCAGGAAGAGGAGAAGACAUUACGCGAGUCGCUUCGCCUGACCAGCGAAGAGUUGGAGAACUCGAGACAGAGUGUCACCGUCUCCGAGAACGAGAAGAUGUCCUUGAGGCAACAAUUGGCCGAGUUGCAAGACCAGUUGGAGCAUGCCAAGCGUGCUGCUCCUGUUGGCGGCGAGAUGACCAAUGGUGGUGCUGUUCAGCCCAGCGGUCUCAUCAACCUUGUGUCAUCAUCUUCAAAAAAACCCAAGCGUCGCAGUGCUGGAUUCGAGCCAACCAAUACCGACAGAUUCAGUGGCACAUUCAACCCUCGACCAGUAUCUAUGGCCUUCGGAGCUACCAGUGGUCACCAACAAACUCUUUCCGGAUCCACUUUCAAGCCUGACUUGGAGAAUGUUGAGAUGGAGCUUGAGAACUUGCUUGCCAAUGAGGAUGCCCUCAAUGAUGAGGUAUCCAAGGGCCUUAUCGGAAACCUCAAGAUCCCUUCUCCUGGGUCCACACCACCACCUACCGACAAGGAAGUCUUAUUCCCUGCAUACCUUAUCAACCUUGUUACUUCCGAGAUGUGGAACAACGGCUUUGUCAAGGAGUCUGAGCGCUUCCUUGCCAACGUCAUGCAGUCCAUUCAGCAAGAGGUCAUGCAGCACGACGGCGACGAGGCCGUGAAUCCUGGUGCUUUCUGGUUGUCGAACGUCCACGAGAUGCUGUCAUUCGUCUUCCUCGCCGAAGACUGGUAUGAGGCACAAAAGACCGACAACUUUGAAUAUGAUCGCCUGCUCGAGAUUGUCAAGCACGACUUGGAAAGUCUCGAAUUUAACAUUUACCACACUUGGAUGAAGGUGUUGAAGAAGAAGUUGCAGAAGAUGAUCGUUCCUGCCAUCAUCGAGUCGCAAUCACUUCCUGGCUUUGUCACCAAUGAGAGCAACCGUUUCCUUGGCAAGCUGCUACAAUCUAAUAACACACCUGCCUUCAGCAUGGACAACCUACUUUCCCUCCUCAACAACGUCUUCAAGGCCAUGAAGGCAUUCUACCUCGAAGACUUCAUUAUCAACCAGACUAUUACCGAGCUUUUGAAACUUGUUGGUGUCACCGCCUUCAAUGAUCUUCUCAUGCGUCGUAACUUCCUCUCAUGGAAGCGUGGUUUGCAGAUCAACUACAACAUUACCAGAAUCGAGGAAUGGUGCAAGAGCCACGACAUGCCCGAAGGUACUCUCCAACUUGAGCAUCUUAUGCAAGCCACCAAGCUUCUGCAGCUCAAGAAGGCAACCCUCAACGACAUUGAGAUUAUCCAGGAUAUCUGCUGGAUGCUCUCACCCAACCAAAUUCAAAAGCUCCUCAACCAAUACCUCGUCGCCGACUACGAGCAACCCAUCAACGGCGAAAUCAUGAAAGCCGUCGCCUCCCGCGUCACCGACCCCAAAACCGACGUCCUCCUCCUCCCCGCCGUCGACAUGGACGACAGUGGCCCCUACGAAAUCGCCGAACCCCGCGUCAUCACCGCAUUAGAAACCUACACACCCUCAUGGCUGCAAACACCGCGAUUGAAGAGACUAGCGGAGAUUGUAUCAGCCCAAGCGGUCAUGCAACAACAGCUCGAUGCUGGAGGUGCCAUGGCCAAAGAGGCCUACGAGGCAGGAGAGGAUGGAGAAGGAGGUGACAUGGGAGAUUGGAGUCAUUUGAACGGACAGAAUGGAAUGGGUGGGCAUCAACAUCAUGAGCAAGAAGCUGGGAUCUAGAAGGUUGUCUUUGAUGUAAAGGUUGUUGUUUGUCGAGAUUAAAGUGCGGAUGGGAUUGCGAGCGUUGUGGUUUUUCUGCGUUGUUUUUUCUCUGUCCAACACAAUGGCG